GGAGCCAUGGCUGCAGAGAGCCCCUUGGAAAGUCUCCAGAAUGAAGCUGCUUGUCGCAUCUGUCGGGAGCUUUUUAAAGACCCAGUGGUUAUAGGCUGUGGGCACAGCUUCUGCCGAGUCUGCAUCACCCAGUGCUGGGAAGGAUCCGAUAUGAAUUUCACCUGCCCCGAGUGCAGAGAAACCGUUCAGCAGAGAAACCUCAGGCCCAACAGGCAGCUGGCAAAUGUCCUAGACAUAGCCAAACGGCUGAGUUUCCAGGCAGCAAAGGGAGCAGGAGGGGAGAGGAUGUGUGGGGAGCACCAGGAGCCUCUCAAACCGCUUUGUGAAGAGGAUCAAACCCCCAUCAGUGUGGUGUGUGACAGAUCCUGGGCUCACCGAGUUCACACAGUGGGUCUCAUAGAGGAGGCUGCCCAGGAGUACAAGGAAAAGAUUCAGGCCCAUUUGGAGACUCUGCGGGAAGAGAGAGAAAAGCUGCUGGGAUUUAAAGUGACUGGAGAGGGGAAAACCCGGGAAUAUCUGAUCCAGACACAAGCCGAGAGGCAGAAGAUUAUGUCUGAAUUUCAGCAACUGCGGCAGUUCCUGGAGGAACAAGAGCGACUCCUGCUGGCCCAGCUGGAGAAGCUGGACAGGAAGGUUGUAACGAUACAGAAUGACAAUGUCAGCAAACUCUCUGAGGAGAUUUCCCGUCUCAGUGAGCUGAUCAGUGAGCUGGAGGGGAAGUAUCAGAAGCCAGCGACUGAAUUCCUGCAGCACUUCAGAAGCACCUUGAGCAGGUGUGAGGCGGGGAAGUUCCAGCAGCCAGUGGAGAUUUCUCCGGAGCUAGAGAAGAGACUCAGUGAUUUCUCCCAAGAAAAUAUUAUUUUAAUGGAGACACUGCGGGAAUUCAAAGACACUCUGCUAUCUGAACCGGAGACAGGCGCACACAGACAGGGUAAGAUUGCAGGUGCAGGUUAUCUUUAAAAGAGGAGACCAUUCC